GGUUAAUGAUGCUUGGUACCAAAGGCAGUAACGAGCAAAUAGCGAUUUUACAAUUUUUAUUUUGAUGGGUACUAUCAAUUGUGUAUUUUUAUUUUUUAACGAUACGAAUCAAAAACGAAACUAGUAUAUGUCCGAUACGAAACUAGCUUAUAAUUUUUUUAACAACAAUGGAAAGCCAUUUUGAUUUAGGAUUAAACGAUAGUCAGAUGUUAGGUGAUGAGUCCACUAAUAUGUUUGGGUCAGUAAAUACAAAUAUGGAGAUGGUAGGUGAUGAGUCCACUAAUAUGUUUGGGUCAGUAAAUACAAAUAUGGAGAUGGUAGGUGAUGAGUCCACUAAUAUGUUUGGGUCAGUAAAUACAAAUAUGGAGAUGGUAGGUGAUGAGUCCACUAAUAUGUUUGGGUCAGUAAAUACAAAUAUGGAGAUGGUAGGUGAUGAAUCCACUAAUAUGUCUGGAUCAGUAAAUACAAAUAUGGAGAUGUUAGAUUUUGGGGCAAGUUUUAAUUCAUUCGAGGAAUUAAAGACUGCUAUCUCUAACUAUGAAAGAAAAGUGAAUGCUAAUUAUAAUAUACAUCGGUCAGAUGCUCUAAAAAAUUGUACAGAGCAAAUGAAAAAUCAAUAUAUUUAUAAAAGAAUAUGUUAUAUCUGUAAACAAGGUGGUAUUUUUAAGACUAAAGGAAAAGGUCUAAGAAAUUCAAAAAGCUUAAGACAAAAUUGCACUAGUAAUUUUGUUGUCAAGUUGAUUAAAAGAGGUACAAAUCAAUUGGUGGUUACUCGUUUUCAUGACACACAUAACCAUGAAUUAGAUAGCAACCUAUUUAAAAGGUUAUUUAAACAGCGUAAAUUAAAUGAUAAAGAAAAAGAGUAUAUUAUAGCUGGACUAAAAUAUGAUGGCAAUAUUUCAAAAAUCCAAUCAGAUAUUCAAAAAUUAGGUAAAUUUACAACAAAAAGAGACCUGUAUAAUUUAAAAAAAUACAUGAUUCCAAUGAAUUAUCAACCCUAAUUACCACAAUAAAAAAAGAUAAUCCAAGUAAUAUUAUAGAAGUGUUGGUAGAAAAUGGCAAUUUUAAUGCUUUUUAUUUCCAAACUCCUAAGAUGAGGGAAUACUUUGACUUCUUCCCAGAAAUAUUAUUAAUUGAUGCCACCUAUUCCUUAAAUAAAUAUCUAUUGCCAGUGUUUACUUUGUUUGUUGUAGAUGGGGAUAUGCAAACAAGAUUUGUUUGCAUAUGGGUUGUUAAAUCAGAAAAUUAUUCUAUAGUUAAAAUGAUGUGCAAUAUUUUUAAAAAUUACAAUUUAAAACAUGAUAAAAUUCGAUGCAUUAUAUCGGAUAAGGACUUUGCUGACAGGCAUGCCUACAAAGAUGCCUUUCCAGAGGCAUCAUUAGAGAUAUGCUUAUUCCAUGUUUUUCGGGCAUUUAACCGAGAAAUAACAGUUAAUAAAAGAAACAUUUCAAAAGAACAAGUAAAAAUUGUUAAAAAUCUCUUAAGGUCUUUGGUUUAUGCCAACUCUCCUGAAAAAUAUUUUAUACAAUAUCAAAAUUUAUUGCAAUUAAAUAUUGAAUCUAUUACCAAGUAUUAUAAUAAUAACUGGCAUACAAUAAAAGAAGAAUUUUGUAUGGCUUGGACAGGUCAAACAACAAAUUUUUUAAUUUAUACCAAUAAUCGUACUGAAGGAAUGAAUAGGAUUCUUAAAAGCAUUAUUAAAAAAUAUUCCUCGCUUUAAAUUUUUAUAAUGAUUUAAUGAUUUGCAUCAAUAUGAAUGAUCAGGAAAAUGAUCAUCGCACUAUAAUGGGUUUAAAUAGACCAUCAAAUUUUAAAUUGGAUUAGAAUGAAAGGAAAUUUGAAUCCUUACUUACUAAUUUUGCAUUUAAAAUUGUGUACAAUGAGCUGAAAUUAUCAAAUAUAUUAAUUAAGAAUCAUAUAGAUGAUGAUUCUACUAAUUUGCUUCAUAUACAGGGACAACAAAUAGAUGUAGACCAAAAUCAAUGUAACUGUGGACUCACAAAAUCGUUAUUGCUUCCUUGUAGGCAUAUAUUUUUUUAUAGAAAGAAAAAUGAUAUAAAUAUUUUUACCCCAAAUCUUUGUAAUGAAAGAUGGUAUCGAAAUUAUUUCACACCCCUUACUGGAGAAAUUAGGAGUGAUAAUUAUAUUAAAAAUAUCAUAGAAAACUGUAAUAAUGAUAAUAAUAAUAAUGAUAUUAAUAGUGAAAUUAGUGAUACUGAUUCACAAAGAAAUAUAAAAAUACACGAAUUACCUAAGAAAAUCAUAACAACCAAAACUCAAAAGUUUAAACAUUUUCAUGAACUGGCCCUUCAAAUAUCAACAUUUGCAUCCGAAUUGCCAAAAGAUCAAUAUAAUAAAUAUUAUGAUUUUUUUUCACAAAUAUAUGAGGCAAGGGGAAAUAUUCCUGAAAUAUUUAAAGAAAAAAAUAAAGAUAGUAACCAAAAUUCUGAAGGAGCUUACUUGAUAAUUUAUCUCUUUUAAAUUCAAUAAAGAUGCCACCCUUAAAAAUGGGAUAUUUGAAACAAAUGGAGAUAAAAAAAGGAAAAACAUGUGGAAAUGUUAAAAUUACCAGUCAUAUAAGCAAUGGCAUAUCUGAACCUGACCAUAACUCUGGCAAGGAAAAUGAAAUGAACAAAAAUCCUCUCACUUCUCUACCAAAGAAUAAUAGAAUAGCAGUAUCUGAGUUGCAACCUGUUUUUGUAAAUUUAACCAAUCACUUUCAAAAUAUGGGACACCCCCCAAAGCAAUAGAUGUUAUUCAAAACUCUGGCAAGGAAAAUAAAAUGAACAAAAAUCCUCUCACUUCUCUCCCAAAGAAUAAUAGAAUAGCAGUAUCUGAGUUGCAACCUGUUUUUGUAAAUUUAAUCAAUCACUUUCAAAAUAUGGGACCCCCAAAGCAAUAGAUGUUAUUCAAAACUCUGGUUUAAGAAAUAAAACAAAUUUACCAACUUAUCAAUUGUCAAAAAUUGUAACCACAAAUUCCUUCAAAAAUCAAGAUGAAAAUUCUGAAAUUCUAUAAAAACAUUAUGCUUUUUAAAGAAAUAAAUAUAUAUUUUUUUAUAUUACAUAUUUUUAAAUAAAUGUAUAAUUAUAAUAAAUUAUAUGAUAUGAUUAAGUAGAAUAAAUAAAUUAUGUGUUUAUUAUUAUUUUUUGAGAAAAUUACAAAUAUUAGCACAUCUUUGAUUUAAAAU